CAACUCUCCAUGCAUCAUCAACCAUUCUUCCGCGAAGCUACCUCGUACCUUGCUCGCCAGAGCAGGAGGGCCAAUUGGGUUUGCAAAGAAUGUAGACGAAGUCUUAGCAGCACAGCAGCGCGCCGUGUGCCUGCUUCGGCUGCCACCACGACUGCUUCUCCUUCCGAAAGGCCAAAGCCAUUCUAUGUCACGACGCCGAUAUUCUAUGUCAAUGCUGCCCCUCAUGUUGGCCAUUUGUACUCGAUGGUUCUUGCGGACAUAAUCAAAAGACAUAGCCAACUGCGUGGAGAGAGAGCCAUUCUCCUAACUGGCACAGAUGAGCAUGGCAUGAAGAUCCAACGAGCGGCUGAAAAAGCCGGCGUUGCCCCAAAACCUUUUUGCGACAAAGGUGCAGAUACAUUCAAGGAGCUUGCCAUCAAAGCAAAUGCGACCCCCGAUCGUUUCAUGCGAACAACAGACGAAGACCACAGAGAAGCUGUCCAGUAUGCUUGGCAACUGCUGAAGGAGAAAGAUCUUAUAUAUUCGUCGAAGCAUGAAGGCUGGUACGCUGUUAGCGAUGAGACUUUCUACCCGGCAUCUGCCGUGCAUCUCGUUAUUGAACCUUGGUCUGGACGAAAACACAUGGCUUCUAUCGAAACUGGUAAAGAGGUAGAAUGGACAGAGGAAGAAAAUUAUCACUUCCGUCUUUCGGCAUUUCGAGACCAGCUGCUGGACUUCUACGCACGAAAUCCUGGAUGGAUAAAACCCGUGCAAAGGCAUCAGCAAGUAGUUGACUGGGUCUCAGAGGGUCUUCAGGACCUCUCCGUUUCACGGCCGUCCAGCCGACUCACUUGGGGCAUACCAGUACCAAAUGACCCAUCACAAACAAUAUAUGUUUGGCUGGAUGCUUUGAUCAACUAUAUUACAGCGGCAGGAUAUCCAUGGAGCCCUGAGAAUGCAGCAAAAGGAGGCUGGCCUGCCGAUGUGCAUAUCAUUGGCAAGGAUAUCGUGAGGUUUCAUUGCAUAUAUUGGCCAGCGUUUCUCAUGGCUCUUGACUUGCCGCUGCCCGCUGCCAUUCUCACGCACGCUCAUUGGACAUUAGGCAAAGAAAAAAUGUCCAAGUCAACUGGCAAUGUCGUCAACCCGUUCUACGCAAUCGAUCGCUUUGGUGUGGAUGUUAUGCGUUAUUAUUUAGCACGUGAGGGUGGUAUCAAAGACGAUGCCAGCUACGACAAUGAGCAUAUCAUUCGAAGAUACGACCGUGACUUGAAAGGUCAGUUAGGAAAUCUAGCCAGUCGAUUGACCAGAUCCAAGAAAUGGAGGAUAAAAGACGCCGUUAAGGCCGCACAAGCAAGUGAAAAGAGGUUAUUGUACAGUAAUGAGUCGCACCGGAACCAGGUACAGAUGUUGGAAAGUCGUUAUUCAACAGUGGAGAAGCACAUGGCUGAGUACAACAUUCCCGCCGCAGUCAAUGCUAUAAUCGACAUCAUAUACAAAACCAAUGUUUACUUUAGUGACCAGGCUCCAUGGGCCCUGGCAUCUAACGGAAGAGUUACGGAGAUGAAUCAGGUCUUGUACCUGUGUACGGAAGCUGUCCGUAUCACCGGCAUCCUGUUGCAACCCUACAUGCCUGAGAGGGCUGGGACACUAUUGGACAUGCUUGGUGUGCAGGAGGAACGACGGACAGCAGCGUACGCUGUGAUAGGCACCGACUUCGACUACGGUGAGAGUAAGGUUGAUUUGGGCAAGGGUGAGCAUGGGACUUUGUUUCCACCUCACAUAAGCUGGGAUUGAAAGGAUGCCGUGUUGCAAGUCGAUCGUAUACUAAAUCUCGGUUGGAGAAGCUGAUUUUGACUUCUCGGUUCAGUUUGGACAAAUUCUUUUAAGUACUCUCCGGAUGUAGAAUAGAUAUAUUCUGGUCAAAAAGAAUAAACUUUAAUUUGAGCAACCCAC